AUGGCGGCGCAUCUUUUGUUUAAAUUAGGCCAGUUCAGAGAAAACGGAGAAUUCAUUGACGUUCGUCUGAAGGUAGAUAAGUCCAUCUUUCCUGCUCACCGCAAUGUUCUUGCUGCUUAUAGCGACUAUUUCCACGCAAUGUUCACCAACGGAAUGAAGGAAUCAAACCAGGAAAUGAUUGAGCUCAAAGAUGAAAACAUUUCAGCUCUGGGAUUUAAGGUCGUAAUGAACUCCAUUUACAGUGGAGAGCUCCUCAUUAACAAGAAAAACGUGUUUGAAGUUCUCACAACUGCCAGUCAUCUCCAGAUGCCAACUGUUGUUCGACAGUGUUGUGAUUUCUUGGACAAGGAAUACAUUCAAGGUUGUAUUGACAUCCAGACGUGUCUCCGUCUUCAUGCAUUUGCUGAUUUGCAUGGUCUGAGAGACCUAAAGGAAGAUGUGCAACGUAAGAUGGCGUCGUUGUACAGUCAGAUCUGUGAAAGUGAAGAAUUCUUGUACCUUAUUGACGCUGAUCAGUUAUUGACUCUUCUCAGCCGAGAUGACCUUAAUGCUCCAUCCGAGACAUUCGUCUUCAAAUCCGUGAUGCAGUGGAUCAAGUACAAGAAGAAAGAGAGGAUGCCAUUCGCGGCUAAAGUCAUCGGAGCGGUUCGACUUGGGUUGGUCGACACCAAGGAUGUGGUUGAAGAACUGAACACAGAGGAGAUGCAACGAGUGCCAGAGAUUCAAAUGCUUAUGUGUGAAAAACUGCUGCAUAGCAACAUGCCUUCGCCCAACUCAAAGUUUGCUGUUGAGAAGACCAGGCCACGUUCAAUGACCCCGGUAAGUACAUAAGAACUUCAGUGAUUUAUAACAAAAAGCUGUUGAUCGUGACUAAGUAUUUCUGAUGAGUAAUGUAUAUUUUCUGUGGGUGACUGGUUGAUAAAAAAAAUAACGUUAUCUAUGGUGCCUCUAGUCUGUGCAAGCCGCAAUCUCAUGGUUCAUUUAUCCUCUACAUCUUACUGCUGCGCGUAACAUAAUUUAAUUAUCACACUGGCAGGCCGCUUUGCUUUCCUGGGGUGAAAUUGGGAUCAUUCUGCAACAUCAAAAGGCAGUCAGAGUACUGUUAAUGAAAGCUGUCACAUGACUUGUCUUUGUAUUGGUAGCCCAACCUUACGAGUGAGAAUUGUAAGUUAUGACCCGUAAUGCUUCUAGCAAUUCAUUCCUUACUCCAGAGUUAAUUCUUUGUUCCCUCAUUUGCGUCUGGUGCUACUUGGCAGAGGUUUAAAUUUACGUCUAUCGUAAAUCGAAGGUAAUUGUAUCUCAUAUUUGGAAAAUCAAAUACAUGUAAUUCUUACGAAUGAAUCUGGCAUGAGGUACUAAUUUUGCAUGGAUAUGAUAAACAGUAAGGAAAGUAGAGGGAAACAACACGCAAAGAUUUUCUUGUUUCCGUGUUCAGUUCACAAAAAUGCAAGUAUUUUGCAUGUGAUCUUAUCUUUAGAAUAAUGAACAAAUUCUUCCAUGCCUGAGGAAGCAAUUACGUCGGGUGAAAUUGGUGAACAAAGUUACACAGGUUACACAGUUUUUAUUUUUUCGCCCAUGAAUAUUUAUGUCAAAUAUUAAAGAAAACUGAACAGAAAUAGUAAUACUUCAUUUAUUCCGUGGGAUGCCUGUGGCACUCCCACGGUAAAAAUCCGGUUCGGUUGGACCCAAAAUUGCAAAACCAGCCAAUAGGAUUGCCUAAAAUCUUUAUCGAUUAUCUCUUCUUCCAAGCCGACCAAUCAGAUUGUACAAACUCUGCAUCGAUUUUUAAUGGAUUUGCUUCCUGGUGAACAAUGCGAUGCGUUUUGUUUGGCUGCCAAAUUUGUCGCGCUUGAGUUUUCUCACUCGUGGUUUAGGAUGGCUUGUUAACCAACGAAAUCCUUCGGGAUAGUGGUAAGUCACGAAAGGCGACCUAAGCCAAAUUAUUUCUUUCCUUCAUGAUUCUUUUUUGUUUAGGUCUAGCUUUUUCAUAAGGUUUUAGUAGCGUCUGGUUGCGGGCCGUGAUUUCCGAUAGAUUUUUGUAUUCGGAGUUCGCCAGUUUUUGCCGAGCACAGCUAGAGUUCAGUUAUUUUCUUUUCUUAUCGAAAACGCCUUGACGAUGGGAGGUUAAAUCGCGUAAAUUUCAUCUCGUACCCUUGACGACUGGCGGUGAAAUCGCGAAAAUAUUGUCCUCGUCGAUCGACGACUCGCUUUCGGCAUGGAUUGGACUUCUGGAUGGGACACGGAUCAGGACCUUAGUAAACUUAUUAUACCUUGGAAUCAGGGAAAAUCAUUGGAACUAUGUUAACUUUGAUACCUUGGAAACACAUUGCAAUUAAUUUUUAACUUUAUCAAUAGCAUCUUGGAAUAUUAAACUUUCAUCUUGGAUUAAAACAUUGGAACUUUAUCGAACUUUGUAACUCUGGGUUCGACCCUGGAUAAAGCAAGCGGAUGUUUUGUUUUGUUUUUUUUUUCCAUUAACCUAAAACUACGAUGUUCAUUUCUCUUUGAAAAAGUUACAUGUGGCUACUUACUACCAAGAUAUGACGUAUCUUUAUACAUAUAGUUCCUGUUCAGGUUAAUCAGAGCAUUAUGCGCAUGUUCUCCAUUACUUGUUUCCGUUAACAUUCCAAUUUAAGUUACACAGGUAAACCUUGUUUUGAUGCAAAAUAACUUCUUUCUCUUAUCCAAAUCGUGCUAUGAAAAUAACUACAUAUCGAUAGAUCAAAACAAGAUCAACUCCAUCCUUGCGACCAGUGACAACUAUAAAUUUAGCUUGCGUAGAAGGUGUCGAAAGGGGUAGGGGAUAGAGAGGAAGCAAAAAGGGGAUGUGGAUUGGGGAGAAAUAUUAGCCUGUCACGCAGGCUACUAUAAAUUCAGUCAUAAGCACAUUAAACCAGCCCAUACAGGUAAGCUACUCAUCGAUGCUCAUAACAUGACACAUCUUUCCGGUUUCCCUAAUUUUUCCAAAUUCAGACUGAGAACGCCAUUAUGCUUCCAUAGACCAACGCAUCCCACGGAAACGACUUUAGGCGUCUUGUUAGAUUUAGAAGAUGGGCUUCUCCGAUUACUGAUGUAGUAUUAUCUCAAAGAUGUGUAUGUCAUUUUCAUUCAGCAAAUGUGAUAUAAAAUUAAAACUCGCAUAAACAAAGGUUACACAAGUAGAAAGACACACUAAUCAAUAGGUCAUUUGCACGAUGGCGUUAUUUUACUACUACGACCAGAAUCCUUUUCGUUUUUCUUUUAAUUUUGUAAAUCCCAACGAGCAGGUGAAGUUUGAACUACAAAAGCCCUAAUUUGCACAAGAAAGAAAAAUCCUGAAGGAUUCUGGUUGUAGUCACUGUCGUAAAAUGAUGUCAUCGUGCAAAUAGCCUAUUCGAACAAACAUUGAAACUUUUCAAGUGCGAAGAGAAGUAAAUUACCUGCAUGAUUUCUGUGAUUUCUGUUCUCGGCCGUCAAGCUGAAUUCUGCGUAUUAGUUUUAGAUAAAAAUGUAGUCACAACUUAUAAAGUGGUUAGAGUAUAUUAAAAGCGUAAAUCUGAGCAGAAAUUAAACACAACUUACAUAUUUCGCUUUCCUCUUACUUAAAGCUGGUGAAUUGAAAACAUUUUGACGAAAAGACGAGAUUCUAAAAUGUUGUCCGUAGUCGCGACUACGCGAAACAGCUCAACAACUCUAAAUUUAAUCUCAAAACUUAUGGUGGCCGGUCUUUUACUAUUGCUGCACCUUCUGUUUGGAAUGCAAUUCCAUUCGAACUUAGAUCUUGUAAUUCCCUUUCUUCUUUUAAAUCUAAGCUUAAGACUUGGCUUUUUAAAAUUUGUUAUGAUGUUGUAGUAUAGAAUAAUGAUGUUUUUAUAGGAUGACAAUGUAGUUUUGUAGUUUUUGUAGGUUUAGGAUUUUGUUGUUAUUUUUAUUAUGUAAGUCGCUUUUGGACCAUUGGGAAUUUUUAUAGGAUGACAAUGUAGUUUUGUAGUUUUGUAGGUUUAGGAUUUUGUUGUUAUUUUCAUUAUGUAAAGCGCUUUUGGACCAUUGGGAAUUAGCGCUCUAUAAAUAUUGUAUAUUAUUAUUAUUAUUAUUAUUAUUAUUAUAAGGACAACGCAGGAAAAAUGAACAGUCACGUGGUUCAUGCGCGGUAGCAUGUUUAACCGUAGUCGUAGUCCGUAUUCAUCUUAAAGUCCCUAAUAUGAGAUCUAGUAUCUUUACCGCGAGUUGUCGAGACAAGGGAUGAAAAAAUUGUCCAUGGACGGAGCCCAAUAGAUGUUAGGUAGAUCGGUGAACAGGCUCGGUUAACUUCACAGCCGGCAUCUCAUUUCACCCCUCCCCGCGGUCAAGUUGAGCUUCUAGCUCUGAGUUUCUCACCCUCGAUGAAUCUCACAUCGUGAGAUCCUGUCCACGGGCUACGGAUUGAAGUCAUGCGAAAUCCACUUUACUUUACCAACAAAUUGAUUGCAUGUUUGGCUUAAUUAAAUCUGUCCAACUUCAAUCAGAGUUCGUGGGAUCUGUAGUAGGAACAGAAUAAAAUGCAUACUGAUUAGACUGGCUGUAAUCAACAAAUUGUAUUAGUCCGAGAGAAAAAUAAAUCUUCUUCGUUUAUAACAACAAUUUUUUUUAUAAGAACAUUGAGGCCCAGAAAUUAAGAACAACGGUAAGAACAAUGGAGGCUCAGCCAUGGGGUGCAAACGUAAUUUAUAUGCCGGUGUGUAGAUGCUCGUAACUACCCGUCUGGCUCUGGUUGUUCAAACGUUGGAUAGCGCUAUCCACCGGAUAAAUCGCUAUCCAGUGGAUAUUAAAGUGUCAGGGAAACCAAUUGCGCUAUUCAGUGGAUAGAGAUUUAUCCGGUGGAUAGCACUAUCCAAUUUUUGAACAACUGGGGCCUGGACGAAUAAUGAGUGUGACGGAAGGUUUUUCCACUUUGAAACGAAUUUAAGGCUCAACGGGAACUCGGUGCUUGACUCACGAUAAAACUGGGGAAAACUAGACUCAAAUGGCAACUCGCUGGCAGGGAAGAGCCGUCACUUCUCUCGAGGUCCGGGAUCAGACCACUAACUGGUACAGCAGUAGAUAAAACAGAACAAAACUUGGUUCCAACAGCGUUUAUUCUUCGGCGGAUCAACAGCAAUAACUCGGGUAGGACACGGCGAAAUAAUCGACAAUCAGUAAAAACUAACUUACUUAUAUAUGAUUUUUACAACCAUUGAAGACAAAAGAAUACAAUAGAAAUAUAAACAGAAAUCACUUAGAGUUAAAUGAAAACUGAAUACAAAUUCUAUUUUAAACCUGAAAUCUUUUGUUACUGUUGCUAUUUUAGAAAGCAAAAGUACUGAGACAAAGACCUAGCCAGGUCAGCAAAACAGCGUUUAUGUACAAAGUGUUACAAUAUGAAUUAAAUUGCAAGUUCAGCUAUCGGCUGUUUAAAUAGGAAAAGCGCAGACUAAUUGAAAGUUUUCACCUUAAACAAAAACCGAUCUAAUUUUAAAAUUACAAGACAGCAAAACCUUUCAUAUUCAAAAUUCGGUUAUUACCUCUCUUUAACUAGCAACUUAAUGAAAUAUACUUUUGCAAAUAAAUAUAACUAAGUUGCAAUUAGAACGAGGUACACCUGUAUCAAAGGCAUUACUAUGAAUAGAUGUCGUCUGGUAGUUAAAACACGAAAAAUAGACUGAAGUCAAAUAAACCAUUAUUAAGAAAUUAAGUAUUCUUUCAAGAGUCAACAUUGACGUAAAAUGUAUAUAAUUGAAAAGAGAACGAGCAAUUAGUUUUGUUUGUUAAGGAACACUGUUGGCUUUUCUAAGAUUAACGUAGCGAACACAAAGCAAAUGAAACAAAGGAUAAUAAAAAUGGCACGAGCCCUUUUGGCAGCUAUAAACGAUCACCCGCACAGUUUACACAAAUAUACAGUUACAACAAAAGGAUUAAAAAGCGAUAACUAAAUCAAGUGUCGCAAUGAAACUUAGAUUAACCGAACUGAAUUAAAAUUACAAAUCAACAAAAAUAGCUAUAUUCCCCCUAACAUGAGUUCUCCAGUAUAAAAUCGCCCAAUAGACAGCCUGCUGGAGCUACGUUGCUAGAUCUUACUAAAUGAUCAUGCACUGUACACAUGUAUCAGUAAAAUGUUGCAAAUUUAUGUUUCUGAAAUUUUUAAAGCAGAGUCCAAACACCCCAGCUUCUAGACUACGAUCAAUUAAGGCUCAGUUUGUGCAAAAUUGGGGAGUGUAAUUUCAGUUAGGUUUUUCCAUAAAAAAGAUUUUUUUGAAAGUAAAAACCGUGCCUGAAUCUAUAUUGGGUCUUCCUUUUUAGCUGACUAAAAUAUAUUCAAAGCUUGUAAUUCCGGGAUAACGACUCGGAAGACACUUACUAUAUAUUUUUAAAAUAAAUGAAAAAUAGUCUUUCAUCAACUGAGUUUAAGUCAAAGUCUUUUGAAAUUUCACUGAUUUCACUCGUUCGAGUUUGGUCUUCAUAAGUUUAAAGCUAUUAUUUUACUUUUCCUUCUACUUCAGGUACUUGUUGCAAUUUUUCCUGGUCAGUCUACCCUGCAGAGGAGGGAACAUUCCGUUGCCACUGAAAUGCAGUAUUUUCAUGCUGAAACAGGUUCAUGGAAACCAUUUCCUUCCAUGGCACGAUUGGUUGAUGCAACCAAAUGCAUUUGUGCAGAAGUUGUUGGCAAUUACUUGUACGUAGCUGUAGAAGAGAGGGGUUCUCACAUUAUGUAUCGCUAUGAUACGGUCAGAAAUGUGUGGGAAAAACUCCCUCGUUUUCAGAACAGUUACUUCUGUGUAGGUUGUAUGAGUUCAGUCAAUGAAUAUAUCUAUGUAAUUAGCAAUCCUGGUCUGCUUCAGAGAUAUAGUUUGGCUCAGAAUGAUUGGAGAAGUGGUUCCAAAUUGCCUCUUUUAAAUAACACAGAUGACCAAAAAGAACAGUUAGUAUUUAUGACGGCAGUGAGUAUGAGAUCUAAAAUAUAUGUUCUUCAUGGAUGUUACAAAGAGGGAAGAGACAAUCGUGGCAGACGUUUAUUUUAUCCAAAACCGGCCGUUGUUCACUGUUUUGAUCCUCUAAGUAAUGUAUGGAGAAAGAAGGCUUCAACCUGCCAUCCACACUUUAAUUCCAGUCUGUUUGUAGAUAAGAACAAUCUUUAUGUGGCCGGUGGAAGUGUUACUAUUUCUGAAAAUUCGCGGGGCGGUAUGUGGGCUUCAGGUGGCGAUGCAGCUGUCGAAGUUUAUGAUGAGGGAAUAAAGUCAUGGCGCGUCGUUGAACAAGACCGCAUUCCUUCAAACACACUUGGUGCAGUGGAAUUGAGGGGAGGGGAGGUUUAUUUCAUCAUCAACAAAUUUCCAAUUGACAGUGGCAUUAGAAUACCACGAAAUGAAGUGUACAAAAUAUCUUUACGGGAGUGGGAAAAUUCACUGGAAAGAAUUGAUCGUAAUGCUGUCUUGUGUUACCUAUCACUGAACAAAGAGAUGUUCAGCACAGUAAAGGCUGCAGGGAAGCACGCCGCUGUGAGAAAAAGCCCCUAA